AUGACAAUAAGUGUAAAACCAUUAGACUACGAAAAACAUUCAUUAAAAAGGUAAAUAAUGUUAUUUAACAUAACAUAUAAUAUCCGCAUAAUAUCAGAACUUCAAAAAACCUUUUUUUUGACUACAAUGUUAGACUUUUAAUGAACCUCCUGUUAAAUUUUCACAUAUUUCCGUUUAGUUUAACAAUUUUACCACACUGUGCCAACUGAAUAAAAAUUUCGUACAAAACUCACUAAAUUAAAAUGUCUAUAAAUAGUUUAAAAAAUGGUUUAAAUUUUUUGAAAGUUUUACCUCGUCGAUACCUUUUAAAAAAGGUAAAUAUAAGUUUUUUUAUUCAAAUUUAAAGUCUAUCAAACGAUACGAAUAUUUUAAACUGAAUUUCAAUAAAAACAUUAACAUUUUUAUGAAAGCCUAAAAAUUGAUUAAAUGUAUUGAAAAUUUUACAACAUCUAGAAAAGGCAAAUUUUAGUUUAUGGAACUAAAUGAAAUAAUUUUAUGAUUUCUGCCUAAAUUUCAAGUCUCAAAGAAUAUUUUUAACUGACUUACAAUAAAUAAUAAAAUUGAAAUAAUAAUAAAUGCAUUAUUUUCGUAAAUUUAGAUACGUGAUCAAGGCUUGAAAACGUUUAUAAAACGUUAUACUUGUAAAAAAACGAUUGAAAUAGAUAACAGAAAACAGAACAGUAAACGUUGAACAGUAAUAUUAAAUUAUCCUUAAACAAAACGAUGAACCAAUAAAUUAAAAAAUCAUAAUACGAAACAUAACAGAAAACGAAAAAAUCUUAAUACAAUAAACGAUAAUUAAACGUUUACGUUUAUAAUAUUAAUAUUUAAUAAUAUAAUAUUAUAAUGAACAUUGACAUUUAUAGACGGUUUUCAAUAUAUUGAAUUCCAUGAAUAGCUAAUAGCAAUAAUAGUAUUCCAUUGUUUUAUGUUUUUUUUUAAAUUUGUGUUCGGUUAUAUUGUGGGUAUGUAUUUUGUAAUAUGUUUAUGUAUACUCUGAAAUCAGUGAAAUCCUUAUCGAAAGUCAGCAAUUGAACAAAAUAAUGGACAAUAAAAUGUUAAAAAUAACAGAAAUUACUAAUUCACAUUUCAAGAACCAACCUGAAUACAGUUGGAAUCAUAGCUAUAAAAGUAUAAACUAAGCUAAGAUUAUGAGUAAAAUACCCCAUGGCCCAUACUAUUCAGAACAACAUUAUCAUUAUAUAUUUAUAUCUAUUAUCUACAAUAUACAUCAGGGGUCACCAAUUAAUAUUUUUGAAGGGCCACAUUAAGGAUCUGAUAAUUUUCGCGGCCCAUCAAGAUUCUAAGUACAUAUUUUUAACAUAUAAUAGAACUGAUAGAGCCAGAAAUGAUUUACAAUCGAAGGACCAGACCGGUUCGAAAGAACCGAUCACCUUCACCUUUUCGCUUGGUGGGAAGGCAACUUAUCAAUCAUGCGCCGUACUGUCAAGGAGUAGGCAUCCCAAUACAGUCAGAUACUUCUCGUACCCACUGGGCGGCCAAGGCAUAAGAGUUUGAUACUGGCAGCAACCAAUAAUAUUUAAGAAAAAUAAUUUACAUUUUACAACAAUAACACUAUGUUGCCGUAAAAUGGUUUAUUUAUUCUUUGUCUGCGGGCCGGAUGAAAUUUGUUCGUGGGCCGUGCACAGCCCGUGGCCCGUGGCCCACAGCCCGUGGUAUUUGGUGACCCAUGAUAUACAUUGAUUCUGACGGUAUGCCGUGUGCGUAAUUUUAAAGUUUAAAAUUACUUCAUAAUAGUUUAUAUUCGUCUGUUGUCACGAGCGUUAGACGUUAGUUUGAGUGUUUUGAGUUUUAUACGUGGGUAAUUAAUUUAGCAAUGGCAAGAACAAAAUCAAACCCAGUUUGUAGUAUGUUUUUUAAAUAUAAUAUACGUACAAAUGAAAGUACCUGUCAAAUUCCAAAUUUAAUUACUAAAUUGUAACUGUCUAAUGUCUCAAUUAUAUGUAUCAAUUUAAUCAUAGUUAUACAAUUAAAGUUUUGUGUAAUUUUUCUUAUUCCCUGUUAAAUAUAAAAAUAACUUUUAAAUUUUUAAUGGCAAAGUGNUUUAUAGUGUUAUAACUUAUAAUAUAAAAUUGCCAUAUGGGUAUUUCUCUGUAUAAAUUAACAAUUAAUUAAUUAUUUUGCAUAAUUAUGUUUGUCUUACUUUUCUAGUUAAUAUUGCGCUACAUCCCACAUGUAUUGUUUAAUGUUUCUGAAAACCUACGUAGAUAAUAAAUUUACAGGUAGUAGGUACUUACAUAAAAAUUUUAAUUUAGUUUAUUUUAGGGGAUCAAAGGAUCUAACAGCUAUAACGUGUAGAAUUUUAUAAAUAUUUUAGAUUUUAUAUUUAACAGUUUAUUUCCAAUCUAAUAUUAUAAAUCGACAAUAUACCUAAUAUUUAAUAUACCCUUAUAUUUAAAAUUAUAAUAUUAUUUUAAUUGUAAAAAUGUUAUAUAUUAUAGGUAGCCAGGUAGGUACUACAUUAUGUGUUAAUUUUCAAUGGUAUUAAAUGUAAAAAUGAUUAACGUUUUAAUUCUAAAUAACGUAAAACGAUUUUUUUUUAAAUUCGAGUCCUGUACGUGAUACUUAUUAUGAAAAUCGCUUGAAAAAUCAAAAAUAUGACCACCGAAAAGUACCAUCUGGACAAUAUUUCCUUUCAAAAAUGAUUCCACGCGUACAUAUCGGAGCCAGAUUUCUGGUAGCAUUUUUAUACAAGGUUUACAAAAAAUGAACAUCUUUGUAAAACCAAUACAUUCUUCGCUACCCUCAGAACAUAAAAUUUAUAAAGUAAAUGAAUAUACAAAUUUUAAUAUUAAGAAUGUUAAAUAAUGUUCAAUGUAGAAAUAAAUAAAUAAAAUAGCUACAUAGUUUUAAGAAUAAAGAAUUGCUUAGUGCCUAGUGGUAAACGUAUACGUUCGAGAAAAGACUGAAUAGUAGUAGGUAAUAUAAUCGCAUCGGUAUUGGCAAUACGUUAAUUCAAGUCAAUCAUAAUGUCUUUAUUGAGCAAGAGUUCAAAGUUAACUUACAUUACUUGCAAUCAAUGUUUUAAAUUAUUUUUCGAAAAUGUUUAUUUUUAUACACAAAUUAUUUAAUACUUUACUUAAUGCCUAAAAAUACUGGGACAAUAGAUUUAAAAUAUUUAUUACUAAAAAUAAUUUGACGUUGAUUGGACUGAAAACAAUAAUUCCAUUAAAAAUAUAACAAAAAGUAUUAAACAAAAUCAAAUCCAUGGAGGCAAUUCAAUAUCCAUUAUAAUUAAUUCAAAAUCCAUUAAAAUUAAUUCAACACAAACAAAACUUGUAUUUUUAUUUUUAGGGAAAAAAAGUCAACCUAAAAUAAAUUAUAAGUAGUUAAUAUCUAGAUUAAAAUCAAUAAGAAAUUUUAAUUAUUUUUAUUUAGGUAAAUUAAAUUAGAUUUGUUGAAAACCAAUACUCUAGAAUUUGAAUAAGUUUCAUAUAGUUUUCAAAGUAUGUAUAAUUGUAUAAUCCAAAGUAUAAAUAAUAAUUUAGUGGACUACUAUAAUGUUUACUAAAUAAUAUUUUCACUUUUUAAGAUUUCCUAUAGAACCUUUAUAGGAAUUAGAGAAUUAAAAUAUUGUAUCGAUGCAAUGAUUUUUGGAGUCACUAAUUUAAAAAGAAAAUAAAGAACAUAUUUAAAUUUUUUUUUUACAAGAUACUGGUCAUUAGAAAUAUAAUUAUUCUUUUCAAGAAUAAGGAAUAUAUCCUGAUUAGUAAAUUUCCCCUAGUUGUGAUACUUUUGAUUUUCUGGGUAGCUCACUAUUUACGUAUAUAUAUUCAUAAUUUGAAAUAUUAUGUUUGAAUGUUUAUUCAGAUUAACAUAAACUAUGACUAUUAAAAGUUGCAGGACAAUAAAUCUGGAUGAAUAUGAAAUUUUUUAUUAUUGGGGACCAAUUGGUUUGAAUAAUUUUUAAAAAAUUAAAAAAUAAUAAUUUUGUUUUUAAUUGUUAUAAGUGUUAACAUUUUACUAUACUAAUUAGAAUUAUUACUUGGCUUUUUGAGUGCUUAUAACUUAGUUUUAUUUUUAAAAUGUAUUUCUGAUGUUAUUCUUGAUGUUAUUAAGAGAUUAGUAUGUAGACCUAUAUACUCUUUUUUAUUAUAAUUCUAAAGAAAUAAAGUGAUUAAUAAUAUUAAUAUAAUAUUAGAUUUAAUUACAUGAUUAGGCUAACAUACUUCUUUAAUUGUAUAUAACAAAAUAUAAUGUUGAAUACCACUUUAUAUGGCAUACAUGUUAAAAUGGGUACUGUAUUUCAUUUUUCAUACAAAAAAGUACUUAUUAAACAUUUGGCAUAGGUUAAAAAAGAAUAUAUUAUGUUUAUGUGUAGUUUAUAGAUUAGAAUGCCAAUGUCAUUAAUAAUCCUACAUAAUAUAUUUCUAAUAUUUGCUGAAUUUUUUUUAAUUUACAAAGUGUUAAAUGGAAGUCAUUAAUUUCAUUAGGUAAAUUGUUCAAUUUAUUUGAAAUUCUGUUUAAAUUGAUUGUUGUAGUCUGUUUAUGCAUAAAGGGUAUGUAAGAUAUGUUUAUGUCUAGUGUUCCUCAUAGACACACACAAUUUAAAUUAUUUCUAGAUUAAUAAUUUAAUACAUAUUAGUUUUAAAAUGUUAAGAAAACAAUAAUUUACAAAAUUUAUCUUUUACUUCUGUUAUUGUAAUGUUUACACUAAAUACUGAGUUCUAUAAUAUAAAUAUAUUGUAGAAUGGAGUGUAUUUAUUUAAUUUAUUUAUUUAUUGACUUUACAAAAAAGGCUUAAGUACCCAAAUAUUGGAUUUAUAUCCAAUCUUUUUACAGAUGAUAAGUUUAAUUAAGUAUAUGUCUUUUUACAAAUCCUGAAAUUUGUUUAGCUUUAAAACAUUCAAAACAUUGUAACCUGUAAGUAACAUAAUGUAUUGCAAGGGUCAGAUGUAUUGCUUUGAGUGCUUUAAACUAAAGCAUAAUAUCCAGAUUAACUUCAAGAUGUAUUAUUGAAUGUUUUUCAAAAAUAUUCAUGUCCCCAUUUCAUUUAUUGAUAUUAAUUGGUAUAAAUGGUAGAAUAUACAUUUUACAAUUGCUAUUUGGUAAAUUUCUCACACAAUUUCUCACGUUUUUUCAUAUUUUCUGGGAAAAUCGAAAAAUGAAUUACCUAAAGUUCCUCUCUUGUCAGAUUUGCUUUUAAAAUAAGUGUUAUUAUUGUAAAUUGGAGCAAAAUUGCUGGAAGAAAAAUCGUUCAUUUGUUAAUAAAAGUCCUGAGGAAAUUAAAAAUAACCCCAUUAAAGUACCAUUUCAGUUAGAUUUCCUCUUAGAAAAAGUGAUAUCAUUUUAAAUAAAAAAAGCAAAAAAGCAAAAAAAGUCGUAAUCUUAUUAAUAUAUUUCAUACAUAUUCCCGUUUUUUUUUGGUUUUUCAAAUUUGAUGAGAAAAUAGAAAAAUGACCUCCUUAAAGUACUUCCUCAGUUGGAUUUCAUUUCCUUAUUACACUUAAAAAUUGGCUCAAGAUUUGGGUAGAAAUGUUAUUCACAGAUAAAAAAAACAAAAAAACAAAAAAUAUAUAUAUAAACAUUUUUGUAAAACCAUAAACUUCUUCCUCCACUCAGAAUUUAAAGUAUUAUUUUAAUUAUUUUUGUUCUAUUCCAUUUUAAAAUAAAAUAAAAAAGAAUACCUACUAAGCUAAUUAAAAUUAUUAAUUUCAUAAUUUACAAUAGGUAUGUUUUAUUUUUUUAUGUUACAUUAGCUUAUAUAAAAAUUACCUGUAUUGUGUUUAUUUGAAUAAGAUUGUACAAAUAACUUAAUUUUAUAGGAAUAGGUAAUUUUAAAUAAUGAUACUGUUAUUUAUUAGGAUUGAAGGAAACCAGCAAUUUAGUGGAUUAUAUAAAAAAAUUGAAAUAUUAAAUUAUAUUUCUUAAUCUUUUAUUACCUGAAUUACUUAAGUGGAUUUUUAUUAUUUUAAUAAAAGUUAGACAAUUAAAAAGUAUUAUGAUAGAUAUAGAAUAUAGAUGUUGGACAUAAAAUGAUAUUGAAACCUUCUCAAAUUGUUUUUAUACUAGUAACAACUAGAUAUUCAAUAAAUUUACUUAGACGCUAAAGGAUUUUAUUUUCUCUUAGCUUCCUAAUUUACUCAGGGUUGUCUUAAAAAUCUGUUUGUUGUAUUUAAAACAGUAAAUAAAGUUGCAUUUAUGCAUUCCAAUAUAAAAAAUACAAACAACAUUAUUAUGAUAAAAGUCCCUGAACACAAAAUACUUUUGAAAUAUGCACUUAUUUAUAUAGGUAAUCAAAAAUACAGUAGUUCAUUUGGUUAAUUAAAUAAUGGUAGCCAAAUAUAUUAUCAGUAAUUAUUGCCAUACUUUCUGUAUCACUGUCCGAAGCGAAUUAUGGUAGAUGAGGACCAGUUUUAUAUUCUCUAGUAUUUAUAUAUUAUUUAUUAUGACGUAUAUUUAUAAGUUGUGUUGGAAUCUGUGACGCGUUCGCUGCCGGAGCAGUUUGGCCACCCUGACUGACGGUAUGUGCGCGAACAAAAUAAUAAAAAAGAAAAAAGAAAAAGAAAGAUACUGUAUUAUAGUGCAAUUAAUUGUAAAUAAAACCAUAUAAACUAUAUUAUGUAAUUUUAUAUUGUUUUAAUUGUGAAUUGCCAUUUACCGAUAUCUUGAAAACAUGAUAGCCAUUAUUUUUCGAAGCCUUCAAAUGAUGUAUUUUUGAUAUUCCUAGUAGUAGGUAUCAUAUUUGACGAAUAAAAAAAAAAAAAUGCAUAUUUGUAGUUUAUUGUAGUUUAGUGAUUAGUGUCAUAAAUCAUAAUACUGAGUUAUAUUAAAACAUAAAAUUCAACAAUAAUUUUGUUUCUUGUUAUUAUGGUCACACUGCAAAUGACAAAUAUUUUCGCCUUAAUUACAAAAUCAAUCAUCUUCUUUAUUUCUGAUCAUAUUAUUAUAACCACCACGCCCAUCAGCGUCUUUUUUAGAUUAUUUAUUUCUACGUUCUAACUACUUUGUUUCAAGUGUUAACUAUUCUUUCUUUAAACUAAAAACAUUACACAUAUACCAAUGAUUUCAUCAAUGUAUCGCUGAAAGUAUGAAACGUCAAGAUUAAUGUGAUUACAUUCUGUGGGUCAACGUAUUGAACAUUUUUUAGUUUACUAAAAAUACUUUACUGAAUUCAUUUCAACGAUGAACAUACCAAGUGAAAGAUCAACGAUUUACCUCAAUACGUAACUAUUAUAACCAUUUCUCGCUUUUUUAAUUUUUAAUUUUUUAUAAAUAUAUUAUUAUUAAUUUAAUAGUUAUAUUAUUUUAUUAAUUGUAUGAAUUUAGGUAUCAUUUGUUAUUUGUAUACUAUUGUUGGAACUUGGAAUACUAGUAAAUAUUAGGUAUUAAAUAAUUGUAGGUCGCAAAAAUCGGUCGUCCAAAUAGAUAAUAAAAUAAUGUAUCAUUACGGCUUAUUAGUGAAGACUUAAUAAUUAAAUUGAGGCUGUAAUUUCGUAUAGGUAAAUUACUUUGUUUUAGUGGGUAGCAUAUAGAAUAGUGUAAACAAACAGCCUUAAUUUCCUAUCACGUUGGACCGAAAAACUGUAAUGGCCUUAAUAUGUAAUGUCCUAUUCAUUACUUUAUUAUUUAUAGCCGCUCAAGACUGAAAGUUUCGAGCUAUGAUUUCGAGGAAUGAGCAGAAUCUGAACGACGGUAUCUGAGAUUCAGGCUGAAAUGUCCAAUUGUAUUUAUAUAUAUAUAUAUAUAUAGCGAUUUAUUAAAUUAUACUUAAUUAACGAAUUAUUGAGGGGUGUAAGGGGAUCCUGCUUACCUCUUUUUUCCAUGCCAUAUAUUAUAUGUAUACAUCUAUAAUAAACGAUGUCAGUAGUGGGAUAGCAACGUUAACCCAGAUCCGUCACUGCAGCUUGUAUACCGGGAGGAGGAGGAGGAGGGGAGUAUUAAAUUAUUAUUACUAGUAGAUAUAACCUAGAAAACAAAAAAUAAAUAUUUUUUUUAAUCAUAUUUUGUUUAAUUAAUUUCUACAUUUAUUGAUUAAAGGUAAAAAUAUCCGAGGAACAAAUGUCCGGAAGCAAAAAUAUCCGACUUGUACAGUGUAAAUUGUGGGUAAAACUAGAUAACUAACAACGAAACUGAAGGAUAUAAUCAUAGGUUUUCCAAAUUAUUUCCACAUUAUCACCCAGCUAUUGAUUGAAAAAUGCGGUUGGAUUUAGGGGUCGACUAGUGCAAAAUAAGCCAAAGGGGAAAUUAUAUAGGUGUUAUAUUUUUCACAUUUUUGUUUUUAGACAUUUCAGACAUUUAAACCUCCAAAAAUUUUUCCCCAGAUAUUUUGGUAGACCCUCACAUUUAUUACAGCUGUUGUUUAGUAACUGUAGACCACCUAUAAUUUUAUUAUUAUAUAUUUUUAUCAAUUUUGGUAUUUAAUUAUUUUCUAAAAAAAAAGUUACUACAUGUUAGUAACAUACAGUUAGUUUAUUAAAAAGUACUGUAUUAUUUUGAAUUUAUUUGUUUAUUUGUGAUUUUUAGAAGUCUAGUUCAAAAUAUUGGGACUGCAUUAACAUCUAAGAUUGUUGUUUUGAAACGUAAAAAAGAAUUUUACUGGAGUGAAUUGGCAUUGUAUGUAUUAAAGCUUCUUUCUUAAAUUACUGUUAUAAUUAAAUUUUAAACUCCAAUUAAAUAAUUAUGUAAUUACAUAAUUCCAAAUUAUUUAAAAUUUUUUCUUACAGUAAUACUACUGAUGUAACACUUGUAGUGAAUAAUCAGGAAAUAAGUGCCAAUAAAUAUGUAUUGGCUUCAAAUAGUGAAUAUUUUAACAGGAUGUUUACUAGUAGUUUUAAGGAAACGAAAAAUGAUAAAGUUGACAUUAUAGAUUUGGGUGACUACGAAACUUUAAGUACGCUUAUUGAUUUUUUUUAUACUUCAUCAUUAACUAUUACAGAACUCAAUGUACAGGUUAGUAUUAUUUUGUAAUUUAAAACUAUAAUGUAUACCUAUACAUAGUUUAAAUUUAACUAUUUUAAUGUUUAUGAGCAUAAUCUGAUUCUUAUUUUAGGAGCUAUUAAUAAGUGCAAAUGAAUUGUUAUUGGAUGAUGUCCAAGAUGCUUGUGUAGAUUUAUUAAAAAGCGUGAUCGAUAUUGAAAAUUGCUUCAACAUGAAAAAUUUGGCUAGUUCACUAGGUUUGGAUUAUCUCUAUGCAGUAUGCUUGAAGUUUAUGUUUAAUAAUUUCAGGUAAUGGUUAUAUUUGAAUUAGUGAAUACAAUUAUAUAAAAAAAUAUUAUCAUCAUUUACAAUAUUGACAAGUGUCUGUUUAAAUCCUUUAUAAUCUAAUACUACAGUUUUGGUAGCAUCUGUUCUACAUGAUCAAUGAGUAUCGUCCAACAUUUUAGGAACGUGGGAUUUUGACGUCGAAUAUUUCAAUUAUAACCGCUAUAGGAAUUUAUACCUCGACAAGAAUAUAUAAAAAAAAUAUAUAUAUAUAUAUAUAUACUUAGAACAAAAUCAACAAAUUGUAUAUUAGUAGGACAUGAAUUUGGUGCUGUCUUACCAAUUAAAUUUAAAGAAUGUCUACAGCAUGGCACAAAAAGUGCAAAACCAUUAAUUCGUUUCAAGAAAACCUGCAUCCAAUAUAUUUCCCACUCAUGUUCACAAAGUUAUUGUAGGACUCUUUUCAAUAGUCACAGUUUGUUAUAUCAAUUUCAUAGUCAUCUAAGAAUCGGAUUAGGGUUUUAGCUAUAGCACACUCUGUGUGUCCGCAAUUGGGUAAAAAUGUUAAAAAUCUUUUUAUAGGAACAAGCAUUCCAUGUAAUGAAAUUUAUCGUUAAUUUAUCUAUAUGUUCUUCGUUGGGAGUGGAAUCAUGAGAAACUGAAUAAUAAAUCAAUAUUUUUAUUCUAGUAAUUAUUUUAUUGAACAAUCUCUUAGCCAUUUGACUGAUUAGUUCUUUGCAGAUUGUCAACGAAAGAUGAUUUGUGUGACCACUGUCUUUAUAUGCAUCUUUCCUGAUAUGUACUUUCAAAAUAAAUCAUAUUCUGCAAUUAACUCAAGAAACACAAAGUAGUUUUCAUGUAGUUUCCAUAGGCUUUGGCAAAGAAGAAUGAUUUCUUUUGCCUUUUGUUUCCGAUCAGCAGCUAAUUUUUUUUUUGUGCUUCACUUUCAUACACUCAAGGUGUUUUGUAUCGAUCACCAAUAUAAAAGUUAUACAGACAAAAGUUGUAGUACUAAAAUAUUCGAAAUAUUUAAAAAAAAAAUAGCUGAUACUGGGGACGGGUGUAUCACUGUUGCAAGUGGGUAGUUCGGAAGGUAAAAUACUUAAAGUUAAUUAUUUUAUACGAUUUGGAGCGAAGUUCUGUUGUACAUGUUUUGAAAGGCCGUAAUAAGAUACCAAAAACAUUAAAAAUGCAGUGAUUUUUACGAUUUUCAUACAAAUUUGAACUUCAAACGCUUAUAAAGAAAAAAAUUGUUUAUAUACUCAUAUAUAUAUAUAUAUAUAAUUUUAUUUUUAUCUUAAAGAACGUAUUAUGGUUAACAUCACGCCAAAUUUUAAUACAUUUUUGAGCAACCAAGCGAUUUUUAUUCAAAUUGUAUGAAAAAUAGUACACCAAAUGCCGUAAUAAAAAACUAUAAAAGAGUAAAUGUCUAUAAAUAGCUCAAAAUUCGCUGGCCAUUUUAAAUUUUUUACAUGUAGAAAUGGUAAUUAAGGUUUGAUUUAAAUUUGGCCAGGCACGAUGGCAACACAUUAUUCAAGUUUGCUAUAGAAUAUUAAUGGUACUUUUCACUGAAAUAAUAAACAAUUGUAAUUUAAAACUAACAUUAAUUUAUGCAUAGCAUGGAAUAUUUUAUCUUCAAUGUCUAAUGUAUAUAUAUAUAUAUAUAUAUUUUUAUUUAAUUAAUAUAAAAGCUAAUGAAAUUAUGAUGUAAGCAUUUAUAGUUUUAACCUUACAAAUAAUUAAAUCUGUGUUUUUAAUUGAUAAAUAACAAAUGAAAUUUAUAAGUUAUAAGUUAUAAUAUUAAGAAGUUAUUCAUUCGUGUAAAUUGAAUAUCAUAAUUUAUAUUGCUUAGAGGUAGCUAUAGUAAUUACCAUCAAUAAAACUGUAAGCUCUCCCAAUUGAUUUGAUUUAUUUAAAUUUAAUUUGUAAAUAUAUUUACUUAAGUAAUACGAUACACAUGUUAAUUUCAUUAAUUAUUUUUAGGCUGGUAGCUAAUAAUCAAGAGUUUUUGACAAUCACUUAUAAUGAAAUCAUUUUCUUUAUUAAGGAUGAUGAUUUAUUCGCAAACGAAGAAAUGGUAUAGUUUUUCUAAUUAAUCAAUACAUACAUAAUCAUUUUGAAUUUUUUUUCUUCAAAGAUCUUACAUUAAAAAUAAACCUUAUAAAUAAAUAAACUUCAAAUUUACGUUUUAAAUAAAUAUAGAGGUUGCACAAUUGUCUGGUUUCAUAAAGUUUAUAAAUAAUUCAAUUAUUAUUUAUUUAUACAGUAACACAAUUUAUUUCAAAUUAAAGUAAUAAAUAGUUAAAUAUGAAGAAAUUAUUUUAAUGAACCUGUUUUGUAUAUUAGGUAUAUGAUGUAGUUAUGAAAUGGAUAAGGCAUAACCCACUUAUCAGAUUUAAAUAUUCUUCAGAACUAUUAUGGUAUGUUCGUUUGCCACUGAUUUUAAAUACUUAUCAAGGAAUCAUCAAUAUUCAUGAGUUAGCAUGUGCUAAAAUAAAUAGUCUCAGUUCUUUUAGAAAGGAACAUCGAAAACCAUUUAGAAAGGUUUGUAUUUUGUAGUAUUUAAAUAGUUAUUAAUUAUAAUAAUUAUUGAAAUAUUUAAAAUAUCGAUCAUUGGUGCACUAGUGUAUGACAUAGUACAAGCAAGUAUUAUAUUUUAAUAAUAAUACCUAAAAAAAGUUAUUGUAGUUUAUAAUUUGAAUAAGCUUUUUUUUUUAAAAAAUUAAUAUAUUCUUCAAAAUGUAAAUGUUUAAUACAUAUUUCUAGUUUUUGAACUUUGGAAGUAAUGGAAUACUAUUCUAGAAUACAUUAAAUAAAAUUUAAUGCAGAGUAUUAUUUGAGUUUAUGGAAACCAACCAUCGUUCCUUAGUUCUCAAUUGAUCUGUGAUUUUAUAAACUCUAUCAAAAAAUUAUCGUCAGUAAAUAUAGCUAAAAAUAAAAUACUUUUAGAUUCUGAGUGGAGCGAAGAUGUUUAUGGUUUUAUAAAGAUAUUUAUUUUUUUUCUAUGCCCAACUUUUCUACUAGAAACCUUGCUCCGAUUUUUAAAUUUAGCAAAUUUUCUAAAAGAAAAUCCGACUGGAGAAGUAGGUUAAAAGAAAUCAUUUUUUGAAUUUUUCUAGAGUUUAUUCAAAAAAUGUGAAAACCAAAAUAAAACUGAAGAAAACGGGUAAACAUAAGAAAUGUUGGUAUUAGUUAAAAUAUAUUACGACUUUCUUUUUUUUUGUGGACAACUUUUCUACAAGCAAUUUGGUUCGGAUUUAUAAUGAUAGAAAUUUUUCUGAAGGACAAUUUGACUAGAAAGGUACUUCAAAAGAAAUCCUACUGGGGAAGAAGUUUAAAGAGAUAAUUUUUCGAUUUUCCCAAGAGUUUUUCUAGCAAAUGUGAAAAGCCAGGAUAAAACAUGGGAAAAACGGUAUAACAUUAAACAUAUAUAAUUAAAGAAAAAAAAUAAAGCCUAUUUAAUUAUUUUACUAUAAAAUGACAUAAAUAUUGUUAACAAAGCAUUACUACCAACAGAAAUCCGCUUAAAAUUGUUUUUUCGUAAACAAUGGUUACAAUGCUUACAGGUAUACAUAAAAUUAUCUAUGAUAGUGGCCCCCACCCGUCCUCAUUAUCCUAGGACGUCUUUUUAAUUUGUAUAAAUAUUUAAAACUUAAAAAGUAUAUAAGAUUAAAAAAGAUUUCAUUAACAUUUAUAUGUCUGAAAUAAUUUUAAUAAUAUUAUAAAUGUUGUACAUAUUUUUAAUUUAUGUUAAAAUUUAUUAUAAACCAAUACAAAAAUAAUGUUUAUAUUUAAAGAAUAUAAUAAAAUAUCCAUGUAUUUAUAUUUCAUAGUUUAAUUUUACUGCCAAUUUAUUUUAUACGUAUUAUUAUUAUCAUUGCAGGCUAUAUUGAUGUUCAGUUUUGCUCCUAUGAAGUUAUCUCCAGAAUGGUAUGAUGCUACCUCAAAUAAAUGGAAGAUUUGUACAGAAGAAAAUUGUCCGUGUAAAAUAUUACAUUUAAAUUUAUCACCACCUGAAUAUUUAAGUACAUGUUAUUUACUUAAUGAUGGCCGUUUAUUUGCUGUUGGUGGUUUUGAUUCUGGUCAAGGAAUGAAAUCAGCCUAUAUCUUCAACUUAAAAAGAAAUACAUGGUUUGAUAUACCUAACAUGAAUUAUGGACGUAUCAAACCACACAUUAUGCAACUAAAAUUAAAAGUAUUUGUGGUAAAAAUACCUAUUAUUUUUUAAAGUUUUGAAAAAAAAAAAUAAAAUUUUUGUCAGGUGUAACAAAUGUGAUUUUGAUUUUUUUCUUGCUUUUCAUUAUUUUUUAUUAUUUCGUAAUAUCAUAAAUUAAUAACAUAAUAUAGUUUUUUGUGUUGCUCUGUUAGGCAUAAAUAAUUUUAAUAAUAUAUCCAAUUUUUAAUGUUGAUAUGAUUACAUAAAUAUGAAAAUUGCUGUUUAGUGAAGUUGUAAUCACAGUAUUUAGUCAUUAUUAAAUUUCAAUUAAUAAUGAUUUCUUUCACUUUACUUUAAAUUUAAUUUCACCCACAUAAAUAUUAUAUAUUUUAUAAUCUUUAUAGGUUUUACUGAAUUUGUUUAUAAAUUGAAUAUAUAAUUUAAAAGUUAUAGAUUCAAGUUUUUUAAACUUAAAUCAUGGGUUCUUUUUUUGGCAUCAUCACUGCCUUUAUUGUUAAACAAAAUGUAUAUGAGAGAGAACCUCUUAAUCAGUAUAAUUAACAUUUUUUAUGUUAUUUGAUUUUGAAAAGUAUUUGUAUUAAUUGGAUAUUUAAUUUUUAGAUUGGUGGUUGCUCUGAAGAGAAUUUUCAUACUGUAGAAUACUUUGAUUUAGAAACACAUCAAUGGGUUGUUGUGAAAAACAAAGAUGUAGGGACUUCUUCAUUAAACAGUUGUACUUAUGCGGCCUGUGUGAAUGAAUUCAUUUAUAGUGUAAGUUUUUUUUUUAUAUUUUGCUUAUUAGACAAAUAUUUUUAAAUACAAUAGAAUUUAAUAGUCAUUAACAUACACUUUCUUUCAGUAUAUAAUCUCAAAUUUUGUUUACAAAAUAAGUAAAAUUUAAUUGUAAAAACUUUGUUUUGAAUUCAUAAUUUUGAUAAGGUGUUCCACGAUUAUUUAUUAAUCACAAACAAUUUAGUAAAAAUAAAAAUACUUAAAUAUCUAAAUUAGAGAGUUCAAUAAAAAUUGUAUCUAGACAGUAGCUACCCUAAAAUAAAAGCCUUCCUCAAACAAUAACUUCAAAAGAGGGAGUACCCUACACGAUUUCUGCAUAAAUGUACAGUUAAGUUUAUGUAAAUUAGAAAUAAGUAAUAAUUAUAAUUGUUAAUAAAAUUAAAACUGGCCAGUGGCUUGUAAUUUGUUAAUAUUAAAUAUGAAUUCACUGAUAUAAUUAUUUGUACCUGUGAUGAGCACUUCCACAGAUAGAUAAUUUUAGAUUCUCAGUGGUGAGAAGAAGCUUAUGGUUAUACAAAGAUGUAAGGAAAUCGGACUGGGGAGGUACUUUAGGAAGAUCAUUUUUCUUAAUAUACUCUAUAAACCGUAAAAUGAAAAGGAAAAAUGUACGAAUGUAUAUUAAAAUAUUACGGCCUUUUUUUUUUCUUGUGAACAACUUUUGUAUCAGAAAUUUUGUUUUGAUUUAAAAUGAUAGGAUUUUUUCUGAAAGUAAAUCUGAUUAGGAAGGUACUUUAAAAUGUAAUUUUUUUUCUCGUGGUUUUUCUGAGUACAUCCGAAGAACCAGAAAAAAUCGGGAGAACAAGAAAAUAGGUAAAAUAUUAAACAAAUAUUAUUAAGAAAAUGUAUAAUGCAUAUUUAAUCAUUUUACCAUAAUAUAACACAUAUAUAUAUAUAUAUACGAGGGCUAAUCAAAAAGUAUCGAGACUGAUAAUAUUACUCGGAAACCGAGCGCUGAAGAGCAAAACGAUUUGUAAACCAAGAUUCUAUGACUUAUACUGAGCACAUCCAUUCGUAUAAAAUCUCUAUAAACUUUUUCGUUUUGAUUUGACGAUAUUUUUCUAAAAUUUGUUUUUCAUGUUAGGCGAUUUAGUAAUGAAUCCAAAAGAAGCGGAACUCGCUGCUAUUCGAGGGCACAUUUUCAGUUUUUCAAUUGACAUUUAAUGGCAAAAAUCAUGAAAUGUUGCAUCCCUCUGAAACUGGAAAAAAAUGCAGACAAAUUUUUAAAAAUUUCCAAAUCUGUCAAGUUACCCUUCUUUUGGGUUUAUUACAAAAUCGCCAAACUCGAAAAAUAUAUUUUACAAAAAUGUCAGUGAAAUCAAACCGAAAAAUUUUAUAGAGAAGCAAUUAAAACAAAUGUACUCAGAAAAAGUCAUAGAAGCAAGUGAUACCAAUCCUACUCUUCUUCGAUGCUCCUUUUCCGAAUGAUACUACCAGUCUUGAUACUUUUUGAUUAGCCCUCGUAUAUAUAUAUAUAUAUUAGGGUGGUCCUUAGNAUAUAGGACAGAGGGUAGUUAAACGGUUUUUUGUAUUUUAUUCGAAAACCAUAAGAUUUAUCAUAAAAAUGUAUUGAACUUAAAUUGUAGAAUAAAUUAAGUACUAUAAAAAAAUGUUUUUACAAAAUUUUCGUAAAUCUAUUAUGCUAUAUAAUAAAUAAUAAAAUAUAAAAUAUUUAAUUUAUUUGGGAAAAUUCAUCACCUUUUGAAAUUAUUUAUAUAUUAUUAUUAAAUUUGGUCUGAAAUAAUUAUUAUCAUGGGAAUAUUGUACAUACCUUUUAGUUAAUACCUAUUUUAUUAAGUCCAUUAACUCAGUUAUCUUAUCGAUUAUUAGAUAUUACGAUUUAUCUUUAAAUAGUUUCCAUAGAAUUUAUGAAUAUUAUUUGUUAGUCAACCCGUGAUCGUCGUAACGUCAUGUGCUGUGUAUGAUAUUAAUGAUAUUUUAUUAUUUCUAUUUAAAGUUAAGUUUUUAAAUUGUUUUUUGUAUUUAUUAAAAUAAAAUUGUCGACGUUUGUUAAAAAUGCCACGAAAGACAAUAUAUUUGAUUGGAUCAAUAGAUAAUCAAAUUCUCGGCAGUAAACUACCUACACUAAGGGACUGUAUGAAAGUUUUAUUUUUUAAUAUACGAAUAGUGAAAAUGAAUUUGUCAGAAAGUGCAUAUCUAGCUAUUGAUGAAUGUAUCAUAUUCUGGAAAAAAGCAUGAAUUCCAAUUCGUAAAAAUAGGUAUUAACUAAAAGAUAUGUACAAUAUUCCCAUGAUAAUAAUUAUUUCAGACCAAAUUUAAUAAUAAUAUAUAAAUAAUUUCAAAAGGUGAUGAAUUUUCCCAAAUAAAUUAAAUAUUUUAUAUUUUGUUAUUUAUUAUAUAGCAUAAUAGAUUUACGAACAUUUUGUAAAAACAUUUUUUUAUAGUACUUAAUUUAUUCUACAAUUUAAGUUCAAUACAUUUUUAUGAUAAAUCUUAUGGUUUUCGAAUAAAAUAAAAAAAACCGUUUAACUACCCUCUGUCCUAUAUUUAAGUCUCUUGGGGCACGGGAAAGGGAUGAGUAGUUAUGCACAAAUUUCUUCAAUAUAACUUUUAUAUGAUAAUAAAAAAAAAUGGAAGGCCCAGCAAUUAAAUUUCAAAGGUGUGAAAUUAAGGACCACCCUAAUAUAUAUAUAUAUAUAUAUAUAUUGUUGAAAAAGCAACACUAUAAAUUGAACUCCGAUCAGAAUCGUUUUUUUGUUAGCUAUGGUUUAUCGUUGCUUAGAGGUGUACAUUAAAUUUCCAUCUAUAUCCUACCUUCCCAAUUUUUCAUCUAUAACAUGCCUGCACCCACAUACGAAGUAUGCUCGUCUUUUUAAAAUUAUAAUUUUUUAAAACACAGAACGAAAAUGACGGAUCCAUGUUCAAGAACCGAACGGACUAAGAAGGUAUUAUAGAGUGUCAGUAGUUCAUUAGGCAAACUAAAGUUAGUUGAAUAUAACUUAAUAUAUCCCAGAACGCGAAAAGCUUUGCCAGUCAUGUAAUCAAUAUGGUUUAGAGAGUAAGGUAAUUAUUAUGUCAGGAUAUCGUAUAAAAAAUCUUUAUGAAUCAUCGCCAAAAAGGAGAAAAAGGUAAGGAGAAACAGUUGAAUACAUAGUAUUUAGAAAAAUAGUAAAUAACAGGGGACCUAAGUGGCUACCUAGCGAAACUCCGUAUGAUGUUUAGAAGAGAUUGGAUGACUUGCCAAAGAGACUUACAAAUUGACGGCACUCGCUAAGAUAAUAUUUAAUCCAUGAUAAAAGUUUCUCAUUAACACCUAGUCUAUUUCAUCCGGGACAGAGCCUUGGGUAUAUGAUAGAGAAUUUAACGCUAUAUUGACCUCUUCGGUAGAUAUAGACAAAUUUGAUGGAAGGAAAGAAAACUGUCUGUUCGUAAACACAUCCGAUUAGGCAUUAGAAGUAAACUGUGGGUCUUUGUAUACAGAGAAGUGAGAGAGCGAAGAAGCGACUUGGUCACCAGUAGCCUUAAUGCCAUCAAGAUGAACCUCAUGAGGUAUUGUACUUUUACCUUGGGUAUUACGAACAAAUUCCCAAAAAGAUUAGGAUUGCGUAUAAUGUAAGUAAUUUCUGUAGAGACCCUUAGAUUCAGAUUUACUCUGUGAACGUAGUUAAGAGUAGACUAAAUAGCAAUUAUAACCUCCUAGUGUUUUGAAUAAUUUAUGAGAUUAUUUUUUCUUUGCAAAAAAGUUUAUUUGACUAUUCGAAACUUAUUUAGGGUAGGUUUGCAAACGAUGCGUAAUGAAACCCACUUAUAAAUAUUAUUAAGCAAUGACUUCUGAAGAAAAUCAUUAGAUUGAUCAGUUGAUCUAAAGUUAAAGACAUUAUACCAAUCAAUAAUCAUCAAAUUUUGAACAAUCCUCUCAUAGUUGACAUUUUUAAAAUCAUAAUAAGUGCGAUGGGUUUCAAGUUUAAGGAGGUCUGAGAGAUAAGGACAGGGAAUAGUAAGGGUUGAGUGGUACAUGUAACAUGGAACUAGAAUAUCAGUAGUUUGGAAAAUUUGGGCAGAUUUACUGAAAAUUAAGUGGAAAAGGUACCCAGUAUUGUUAGGAGUUUGGUUUUUUAUCAUGAAGUAAAGCAGAUUAAAUUGAUUACCAAUAAUUCGGAUAUUAUCAGUAUUAAAUUAUAAACAGAGAGUCACAUUGUAAAGUAAUAAAGGAGCCAAGAUAUUUAUAUGGUAAAUUAAAUAUAUAUUUUUUUUGUGAACAAAAUUGAAAAUACAUAUUAUUAUUAUAUAAUAGUAUUGUAUAUAAAUGGUUGCCAUGUUUAUAUUAUGAUGACAAAAUAUAAUUGACAUUAAAAAAAAAUAUAUAACUAUUUCAUGCAUUUUCUAUCAAAAAAUGUAAUAUAACUAUAGAAUGCAUACAUCGUUUUCAGUUUUUCAUUUAUUUUUUCAUCCCAUAAAUUUAAUGAUAAUAUUUAUAGUAAUAAUAAUAAUUAUGUUUUUGUAUUCUUUUUCGUUCAAAUGGAAUAAUUGAUUUAUAGUAUAAAAAUAUUUACAAAACCAGUUGUUUGUAUUACUACUAAUACUAUUUUAUGCAAAUAGUUUUUAAAAUAAAGAUUAUAGCAACAAAAUAUUUAAGUAUGUUUGGAUUAAAUUACUCUAUGAAUAACUAAUAUUUUAUGUGAAAAAAUUUACAUUUAGAUUUGGAAAUAUUUACUAUUUUUUUGGAUUUGCAAAUUUGAUAUGGAAUUUUAAUAAAAAAGUUAGUAAUAUCCAACAACAAAAAUUAUUUAACUAUCAAAUAUAUUUUUUAAAGUUGUAACAUCUACUAAAUAUUACAUUAUUCUACAUUUCUAAAAAAUAUAUUUGAAUUGUCUCAAUUAAAUAUCAUUAAUUAUAAAGUAAAUCUCUAUUCUAGAUAAUGGAAAUGUUUCUAAAGUCCAAAAUGAUUAAUUAAAAUGAUGUAUAAAUUAAAAGUUUGUAAUAAAAAUUAUUUCCCCCUGAAUUUUCUGUUGCAAUUCUGUUACUAUCACUGCAUUUAACUAUUGUUGCUCUUAAAUUUUUAAAAAUUCAUUUUUUUUCAAACUUAUACAAAUUAGUAAUUUUAUAUGAUAGCUAAUCAAUGAAAAAUACCUGAUAAAUUAUUAUUUUUUAUUCAGAAUUAAUUACUGCAGGUUAGAUCUACUAUUUUUACUAGUCAGACCGAGAAUAGAUAAAUUUUAAUAGCUGUAAACUUUUUCCAUGAUAUACUACAUCAUUUUUUAAAAAAAAGCACAAACCGAUUGAAGGAAUAGUUAAGGAGAUUUCCAGUUCCAGAAAAUAACAUUUCACAAUUUUAUGUAUAGAUAGAUCAUAAAAAAAGAACAUAUCAACAUUUUUUUUGAAUAUGGUUAAGAUUUCAAUAUUUCUGAAAUAAUAAAUUAAAAUGUGUUAACUAGUAUUUUUACUUUGUACUUUUAUUAUAGAUUGAACCAUGUGGAUCUGGAUAUUAUAAUUCUCUCAAUGAUGAAUGGAAUUCUAUUGUCCAAUUACCUAUUAUAAUGCAAGGUGCUGCUGUAUGCACAUUAAAUAACAAUAUUUAUGUUAUUGGUGGACGUUUUGAGGACAAUUAUUUGAAAAGUGUAUUUGCAUACUGUACAGAUACCAAAGUAUGGGUGGCCAUUGCUGACAUGAACUGUCCUAGAUCAUAUUCUGGUAGUACAAUUUUUGUAUACGAGUAUAUAUAUUUUUAGACCUAUUUAUAUUAUAUAAAUGUCAAUAUUUGUUGUAGGUGCUGUAGUUAUGAAUGGCUUUAUUUAUGUUUUUGGUGGAAAAGCUGACGAAGGAUCCUAUUUAAAUACUUUUGAAAUAUAUGAUUCUCAUGAAAAUAAAUGGACUCUUUCGAAUACCUUGAUGGAGAAUGGUUGCAUUAGUAUAGAUGCAUUCGUUGUUGAUAAAAGUUGCAUCUUAUUUCAAAAAUUAUUUAAAUGUACAAUUCGCAAUAUUAUUCAUUAA